AUUACCGUAUUUACAUUCACGUGUUUCUUUUGCUUGAUAAAUAAAGCUUUUCAAAACACUGUUUUGUUUGUGAGUGCUGCUGGGAUAUGAAGUACUUACGCGGUGGAGCCCACUGCGCAGGCGUACUACUCUGACGACUCGCUGUCUGAUUGGAGGGAUGUGCGAGUGGGUGGAGAACGCGUGCUCCCCACCGAAAAGUCUUGUUUUUGUUUCGAGUGGCGCGGUUCCCGUCGUAUGGGGGAAGCCCACUUAAGUGAGCUGUUCCAGUGAGGCGUAUGAAGGCAUCUGCUUUGCUGCGGUGAUGGCCAGAAUGGAUUUUUGUACGCAAGGUGCAGACGCCAGGAUUAGGAAUGCGUUAAACUGAACCUCUCCCGACAAAGCAGGUGUCAUGGCUCAGAGACCAGAGCGCAUUAAGGAAGAAGACCCCGAUUGGGAGCCCGCUGCAGCAGAGAAUCCCUUUGUGAAGCUAGAAGACUGUGGCUUGGAUCAUCCCGCUUUUAAGGAAGAGAUAUCUGUCAUCUCCGAGUUAGAAGACCCAGAGGGAACUUCCAGAUACGCAAAGGAUAACCUCGCUUCCGAGAAUGCUUACAGUUUAAGGUCCGCGAAGAAGAGGCAAGUGUCACCUCAGCAGAAUUCUGCCCGGUUGAAGCCUGAUUCCGUUGAGCCCGGAGGCAGAAUGACUCAAGAGCUAAGCUACAAGAGGCAGGAGAGAGAGAUGUCAUCUGUGAGGCGUCCUUCAAACGUUUCAAUUUCUGUUAAUGCCACGCCACAUGAGGCGGCAGAGAGGCAGGAGCGCCAGCUACUCCACCCACCAAAGAAAAGGAUAAAGUCUGCCGUGUGGGAGUAUUUUGGCUACCCGGAAAACUCAGAUGGUGGGAUCCUGGAGGAUGGUAUUCCAAUGUGCAAGAUUUGCAGAAGAAAAGUGUGCGCGAGAGGAGGAAACACGUCAAAUUUCCGCGCACACCUGCGUGUGCAUCACGCUGCGGAGUAUUCCCAAAUCAAGAUGGUCAAACCCAAGAUUUGCUGUAAAAGUAAAGUGUGGGACUAUUUCACCAAAGUCGACGGUUUUGGUCCGGUGAGCUGCAAUGUCUGCAGCGCCAAAGUCAGCCAGGGGUCCUAUAAAUCCACUGAAAAGAACACCACUAAUUUAUGGAGCCACUUACAAAGAAGACAUAUCGAAGAAUAUCGCGAGGCACGAUGGAAAACAACCCUGAGGAAAACGGCAUGCUUGCUGUCACCGUCACCACCGCCGUCACCGUUGCCGUCCCCUCCGGCACUGCCCCCUCUAAAACCACUCGAUGAUCAGAAAGGAAAAUGGCCGCCAGAUCACCCACAAGCCAAAGAAAUGGACAGGCUCAUCCUGGAGAUGAUUGCCACCGACAUCCUACCGUUUCCAGUUGUAGAAGGUGUUGGCUUCAAAAGGCUACUGGCGAAGGUAGAGCCCCGGUACACACUGAGGAGUGAGAAAUAUUUUCGUUCUGAGCUGGUGUUUGAUGUUCACGAGAAAAUUGUUCAAAAGAUUGAGAGUCUGGUCGCGGCCGAAAAUGCCGGGGACCGCCUCACGUUCACUGCCGACUGCUGGUCGGGUCCAGCGGGAGCCCUGAUGAGUCUGACGGCUCAUUUCAUCGACCGCAAGUGGAGACGGUUCGACGUGACCCUAAACGUUCAGGCCACCACACAGCUCCACCUCGGAGAGUACGUGAAGCAGAUGCUCAUGGAUAUCUUGGAAGAGUGGGAUAUCGAGGCGAAGCGCACUCUGCUGGUUCUUCGAGACGGAGGCGCCGCCAUCGUCAGUGGUGCGAAGAUUUUUGAGAUGCCGGAGCUGAGCUGCAGUGCGCACCUCCUUCAGCGCAUCAUAAGUGAGGGCCUGCACUCGCAUAAAGUCGUGAAGGAUAUCCUGUCCAAAGUGAAGCAGUGCGCCACACACUUUCAGCACUCGGUGGUGGCACAGCGGCGUCUCUCUGCCAUUCGAGAGGAUGUGGGGGUCCCAGAGAACGACAUUAUUCAGAUUGUGCCAUCCCGGUGGAACUCGAUCCUACACGUGUUCCAGAGGAUGCUGGAGCAGAAGAGAGCUCUAAUGGCGUACUCGAGCCAGCAUGGGUUUUUCAUGUGUCUGAGUGCGGAAGAGUGGGAUAUCCUGUCCCACCUGGUGGAUACUUUGAUGGUCAUUGAGGAAAUAACGUCAGAGAUGAGCCGAUCAGACUCCUCUGCCUCAUGCAUCAUACCUUCUGUGACUGUGCUGAAGUGUGUGCUGGAGGUGCAUGAGCCCAGAAAUAAGACAAUCCAGACCCUUUGGAAGAGCAUGUUGCAGAAUGUGGAAAAAAGGUUUUUCCAGAUGGUCAACUCCAAAGAGGUGGUGUUGGCAUGUGUGCUUGACCCACGCUUCAAAGAACGCCCCCUGUCCAAUGAGACCAUAAGUAAGGCCAAAAUCUGGCUUAGGGAAAAUGCCAGUGUGGGUGUGUUAGCAGAUGACAUACCGCUAAUAGACCUCACGGAGGAGGAGGAGGCGGAGGCGGCGGAGGAGGAGGAGGAUGACGAUGACGACGACUUUCAAAGGCAUACACCACGCGAAGAGUCAAGCAGACUCCUGGAUAGUCUUUACAAGCAUAUGCUGACCUCGCCCACUCAUGAGGAGGUGCCCGAGGGGAUAGCCGAAGAGCUGGAGCGAUACCUUCGAGAACCCGUGAUCGACCGGAAGACGGGCAACUCUCUGGAUUGGUGGAGUCAGAACUGCGGCCGCUUUGAGCAGCUGUCACGGCAAGCCCGGCAGUACCUGGCCAUUCCGCCUUCCUCUGUGCCAGUGGCGAGGGCUGUGGGCACCCUGGGUGACAAGACUGAAUGUCCCUCGGGGGAAAAUGCGGAGAAACUCUGCUUCCUGCAUUAUAACAUGCCUCUCUUAGACUGGCAGUAUUGAGCAGGGCAUUUGAACUUGGGGACCUGUGGACAGAGACGUUCAUCAUCUUCCUUAAUCCCACAAUUUUCCCAAAUCUGAACUGAUACAAGGACUGUGUGCUGAGUUGUUUUUUCGUUUUUGUUUUUAUUCUUUCAAAAAUUCAUUCUAUCAUCUCCGUCACAUUGCCCGCCUCCACCCAUUUCUGUCCUUUAAUGACGCUCAAACUCACUGUUUCAUAACGUCUCGUAUUCAGGGCCGGAUUUUCCUAUAGGCUAACUAGGCUUCAGCCCAGGGGCCUACAUUCAAAUUGUUUUAUUAUCUCUCAC